AUGAAUACGAGUAAAAACGAUGUUCAAUCCCUUAAAGAAGCCAAAGGAUUCUCAGGAAUGGGUGCGAAGAACAAUGCCCAACCUCAAACAGGACUUAGACGUCUGCUUCUGAAUGCCAUUCGCAAACUUCAAGGCAGAAAAGGUGUCACACUUCGGGAUGUCAAGACCUACUUGAAUAACAAUCAAAAAAUGGAUGUUAAAUCCAAUGAGGCUGAAAUUAAAUUAUUCAUGAAGAGUGCUGUAGAUCGUGGCAUUUUGUCGAAGCUGGAUGGACAUUACAAAGUUAUGGAGAGAGGAAGACGUCGUAGAAGUUCCAGCAGAAGAAGGCGAGGCAAAUCGGCAGGGGCUCCAAAAAGUCGCAGGCGAAGGAGGAGGAGUUCAUCGCCUAAAAAGGGAAGGUCUCGUCGAAGAAGAUCUUCUGGGCGCAGGAAAUCAGGAAGGAGUUCUAGACGUCGUCGCCGUAAGGCCGCUCCUGCUGAUGAAGCCUGA